UCUUCUCUUCCUCCCUCCCCAUCUCUCGCUCGAAUACGACAGCUUGACGAUCCAUCACCCUUAGAUCUUUACCAUUGUACGAGUUUUGUAUUAAUCAACCCCCCUACUAUAUCCAUCAUCAUGGCUCGCGGCAACCAGCGUGAAAAGUCUCGUCAGGCCAACCUUAAGGAGCAGGCCAAGAAGAAGUCUGGCACCAACAUGAGCGGCACUCAGAUGCAGCAUGCCAAGGAGGCCAACGCCGAUAUCAUGCGAAAGAAGCAGGCUGCCGCCGAGGCCCGCAAGGCUGCCGAGGGCAAGAAAUAG